CUCGCCAGAUCGCUCGCCCCAGCAUCACUAUCUCCCCUCCCACCUCCCCCCUCGCUCGCCCCAGCAUCACUAUCUCUGCCUCACCACUCUCUCACCACUCAACGCCCGACCGCCGCUGAGACCACACCACAGCCACCACCAGGAGGCAGAAACAAGACGGGAGAGCCACACCACCACCCUACUGAGACACCCAACAAGGCGCCUGCGUGGAAAGGUAGCAGCAGCAGCAGCAGCAGCAGCAAUGUCUCUCUCGUCUCCUAAGCAACCAGAGACGCCAGUGUCCGUCAGCAAGUCGUCUGCACAACAUGACGCCACGCCCCUCGCCCUCCUCACUGACGCCCCUCGCCGCCCAAACCACGCCCGGGGACAAGGUAUCCACGAUCAAGCAAGGCACCACCAGGGACGAGACCAAAGCUACUGACGGAGGGAGGGAGGAGGGUGACACCAGCCAGUCCCAGGAGCAGCCGUGUGAUUUAAUCCUUGAGUGUGUUGCAGAUAUGGAUGCGUGCUUCAAGGCUUUCGACAAGGACGAGGAUGGCUUCCUCAACCAGAGUGAGUUUUCCGCACUGUGUCGAGCAUUGUUCCGCAACGAGCGAGGCAAACCCUACCCAGUGGAAACGUCCAUGCUCAACACUAUCUUUGCCAUCUUUGACACCAACAAGGAUCACGUCAUUGACAAGGAGGAGUUCAGGUACUGCUGGCAGAAGUGGAUCAAACAGGUGGUGCGCCCUGUGACAGCCCUGGUGAUUGUGGAUGUGCAGAACGACUUCAUCUCAGGCUCCCUCGCCCUAUACAACUGUCCGGCGGGCCACCACGGUGAAGAGGUCGAGUCGUUUUCAUCGGAGGGCUCCACGAAGACAGUGAAUAACUCCCAGGUUAUUCCUCCCAUAAACCGGAUGCUGGACGAGAACCGCUUCGAUGUGGUGGUCUACUCCCUUGACUGGCACCCAGACAACCACGUGUCCUUCAUCGACAAUGUGCAUAUGCGUCCUCUCCACUCCUCCUGCAAGUUGACGAGUGAGGAGACGCAGGUUUAUGACACUGUCAUCUUUGAUGUCAACAAUGAUGGGACGCCAAUGGAGCAGAAGCUGUGGCCGAGACAUUGUGUCCAGAACACUUGGGGUGCCGAGCUGCAUGAGGACCUCAAGGUUGCAGAGGAUGCUAUUUUGGUGUACAAGGGCACUGACCCGGACACCGACUCAUACAGUGUGUUCUGGGACAACAACAAGAAGUUCCACACCACGCUGAAUGAGGAACUCCAAAAGCGAGGAGUCACUGAUGUCUUUGUGUGCGGCGUGGCCUAUGACGUGUGUGUCGCGGCAACCACCAAACAUGCCAUUGAGGAGGGCUACAGGACCAUCUUGAUAGACGAUGGCUGCAGGGGCGUGAGUGAGGAGGACAUCAUGAUCACCAGGGAACACAUCACUGCCAACCAAGGCCUUGUUGUACACUCCUCGCAGGUGAAAAAUCUUGCCACUGGGAGGGACAGACCGCCAGUGCUUGCCUACAAGCUGGCCCUUGAGCUGUCCAAGAAGACAAAGAAGAAAUAAAUGAAUUGUAUGAUGGGAAGACAAGUGAGGGAGAGAGACAGACAGGAAAUGUUCAAAGUAAGGGAAAUGAAGCAAACACCAGAGGAGGCUCCUGAGGGCACAAGAGAUAGAAAGACCAACAACAAAGGAAGCUACAGUAAAUCUAAGCCUCAAGACUUCUUUCAGCACCAAGCUACAUACUGAUUUAUUAUUAGGCUCUUCUUCAUCAAGGAAAAUGCUAAAAUUCUGGUUGGUCGAGCUUGCAUGUCUUACCUCAUUGUUUCUAAGAUAUAAAAAACUAAUGAAAGUUUACUUAUAAGCAUAACUGACAGGCACUCAGUAACCAAACGUAGGCUCAGAUAACAUUUUCUUUCCAACAACAGGACAUGUAUUAAGUUGCCAAUGUGAUACAAAGUAAAACCCUUCCAACAUGAGGGAUAAGGCCUUCCUGCCACUAAGCUAUUACAGUAUUUAAAACCAUUGCAGAUGUGUGGGUCUUUUGUUUGCUGUACCUUUAAGUUGAAAAAAAAAUCAUGUGAUGGUAGAGAAUGUCAUCAGAAAGGUGCAAAUUUACUGUACAAGUCAUAAAACGCUUCAACUGCCUUGAUAACUAGGUGCUUUCAGAGCAGUUUGUAGGCAUUACCGGAGGCUAUAAGAUUAGUCGACCUAGACUGUGUUAGACAGCUUUUUAUCUUGUCUCUUAUUUUCAUCAUUCAUUCCAAACAAGCAAAACAAAUCCACAAUUGCAAUCAUCUAAUGUCAAGGUCACAGUAAUGCCAUACAGCCAACACCCAUGGACAGCAGGUGUCACAGCGUCACACUCAUGAUGGACGCAGGGCCUGACAGCCGCUGCUGUUGUACAGAUCAAUGUUGCAUGUGGCAUCAUCAGUCUUGCUAAUGACAGCAGCACUCCAGUCCCUCACUCAGCCAUGGUGUAUACAAUGGUCAAAAACUGCCAUGAUGGAGGCAGGACCACCAGACAGGUGCAAGAUGAGAGUGUGUUCCUCAGCCAGUGUGGCCCUGCAAGCCCCACCACCCUGAUUGAGUGGUUCACGUGGCUGCCAGGUGAUGGCCAACGUGUGUUGGUCAUUCCCUAAACCAACGGUUCAUGAUAUUUUUCCAGCCAUUAAGGCCACCAAGUGCCUUAGGUGGCAGGUGUGUGCUGCUGGCAGGAACUCACGCCUCAGUCAAUUCAUAUAUAUGUAAUGUCUGGUAUGUUGGUAAAAUUUAAUCAAAACUAAAUUUCAAUUCACCUUAAACACAAAACUAGACCAUGUCCACAUUUCUACUUUGGUUACUCCAUUUUCAUAUAAUGUUAGCUUUUGACAUCAUGCAUUCCCCUAAAUUACAUUAUUAUUUGUCAUCAUUAUCAAGCUAAUUUUCACACUAUGUGGCUGACCCCCAAUGACCAAACCAACCUCGCAGCCAGAGGCUCAAGUUCAAUGGAGUGACUACCUGCUGGGUCAGGGGUGGUGCCGCAUCCCUCUCACCUUUCUCAUGGUGCAUCUCAACCCAAGAGGCAUCAACAUAGGAUAGAGUUAGGUUAGUUGAUACUUCACUCACAGCAUGAUGCCUUGUGGGUCUUGGCACAAGUGCUGAAAUGUUAUCAGGGAAAACUGUGGCAUGGCUGUUGACAAGGAGGUGUGAGGGAGAGUGCCGGUGCACGACACAGCAUGGUCCUGCUGCCUCCCAGUCAUCAUCUGCCUGCAGCCACAGUCCACACCCAUCAGUGUUACAUACAAUCAAUACCCAACUGUAACAUUCUUGUUCUUAUGUAAAAUCUGUACAUAUACUAUCACAAUGUUCUGAGCACAACUAAAAUAAUAAAGAGUUGGGUCUGUUCAUGACAUAAUUGGACUGUAUUUAAGAUUGUACAAUGUAUAUUUUUCUAAAUUUGGGGAAAUAAUUGGAAAUGUUUGUCCUAACGUUGACGUGUUUUACAAAAGUUUUAUACAAAGACGUGGAAGUUCUCAGUCAUGGUCCUGCUUGACCUGAGCUUUACUGUACAAUGAGCAUUUCAACUACUGGCUGUUUCUUUACAACCUCUGCCCUCCUUAACAUUUCGGCAAGGACAGAAACCCCGUCAUGAAUGACAAAAAAAAAAAAGGGCUUUCUAAUUUUCAAGAAAUAAUAUAUAUAUAUAUAUAUAUAUAUAUAUAUAUAUAUAUAUAUAUAUAUAUAUAUAUAUAUAUAUAUAUAUAUAUAUAUAUAUAUAUAUAUAUAUAUAUACAUAUAUAUAUAAUGAUUCAGUUUACUGUUUUUUGAGCUUUGAUUUCAAAACCUGUAUGCUAAUAAAAUCUGAAGUACUA